AUGUCUUUGGUUGUGCACCAGAACGGUGCCAGUGUCCCCUAUGUGUUGCGCUUAAAUGGACACAAAGGCGCUGUGCUUGCUAACAGAUUUAACGAAGAUGGAACGUUUGUGGCUUCUGGUGGAGUGGAUCGAAAAUUGAUAGUGUGGAAGAUCCCAGAUUCGCCAGAGCUGAUUAGGGAAGAGCUGCCCUACGAUUACAAUGUGGCAAAUAUAACUAGGUCAGCCGUCACCUCGAUAAGAUGGUCGCACACCAACGAAAACCAUGUUUUUGUCGCUUCCGCUGACUCGACGGCAACUGUGUUCGAUAUCACCAAAAGUCAGAAAAUCAAAACAUUUCACCAUAAAUUGUGUAUCAAUGAUAUAUCCAAUUCCGAAAACGACAUGCUUGUGACAUGCUCAGACGACGGGUCUGUGAAGUUGUGGGACUCACGGUCGAGAUUUGAAAUUGAUAGCAUACAACACAAAUAUCCUGUUCUUACAGCCAUUAUAGAUGCCAGGGACCAGAGAUUCUAUUUUGCAGGAAUCGACCCAACGGUCUCUUGCUACGACGCACGCAAAAGGAGCACACUUUGCUGGGAGGAGUGCAAUCAGACGAACAACGUGACCUCGCUAGCGUUGACUCCAGAUGAGUCCUACCUUGUCUCCAAAUCUGUUGAUAACACAAUUAAGUAUUACGACUCAAGGCUAUUUACGAAAGGACUUCGGGCACGGCCGUACAUUUUUGACGGAUCCAAAGCUUCUGCAGAAGAUAACUUGAUACGUUUGAAAGCAGUCAAAAAAUCUGACGGCAAAGAAUACAUCAUUAGUGGAUCGAAUGACGCUCAUGUGUACGUGUGGGACUUUGCGAGCCGGAGAUUGAAGAGUCGGCUUGAUGGACAUCUGGGGACGGUGUUGGACGUGGAUGCGCUCAACGACAAAUUGAUUAGUGGCUCCAUCGACGGAUCGCUCAUCUUACGUUCUUUCUAG